UGACCAAAUGACGCUGUAAUAUUUAAGUAUAUAUAAUGUCGCAAUAAUUUAACGUCACUCAAAAAUACGCUUAAUAAUCUGUGUAAACCUGGUGAAAUCUGAGAAAUUAUAACAACAGUGUUUCUGUCACUCAGUGUUUUCAUUUUGUUUGCGAAUAGACGAAACAAAGUAAUUAAUGACACCGUCAAAUUAGCCACGUCAUUGUGUAUCACUCUGGAAAUCUUCACUUUUCGGCGUGUCAUUCUAUGAUGUAAAAGAUAAAAGUGAAAUUUCAGCAGUGUGCCGAGUGUGCGAUAAAAGCUAAUUCAAAUUUUAAGUUACAUUUGAAAGGAAAAAUGGCGAAUCCACUGUUGUCAUUGAACGAGAACUUCUCGUAUAAUAGCAUGCUUGCCAGGGCAUUGCUACAGCUGAUGCCAAAGAAAGAUAAACAAGCAAUCCAGUCAUGGCUGUACGUGCUGCAUGAAAUGAAUGGCACUGUCGAUGAAAUGACGAUUCGAAAUGAGUAUAUGUGGUUUUUACUCAUCCAGUUACAGAAUAAACGAAUUACGGAACCUUUUAAUCAUCCGCCUUAUUCGCAGAGUUUGCUACCGCUUCGCGAAAUUUUGCCACCUAAUAUAUACGAAGAGGUAUUAAUGACAACUGAAAAAAAUAUUUCACGUUUGGAGGAACCGUACGUCGAGAAUAAUGAAGCCAAACAAGAAGAAGAAGCUUCAAAAAAUAAAAGUUUCCGCGCGCCGCCUGCUAAGUUUUUGGACAAUCAACCACUGCCAAAGAACGGAAUUAUUUGUUAUUUGGCAGCAUUCAGUGAUCAAAGUUAAAAUAUAAAUUUUAGAUUAUUAACAAAUAAAUUUUACUCACGCAGCA